AUGGCCACGCCACCUCAGCCCAAUGUCAGCUUUAUAGACGAGUUUCAACAGUUGAAAGACGCCCAGAAGUCGGCCACUUCCGAGAAACUUGACGAUUUUUCCAGGAGGAACGUUUGGUUUGCUGAGAAUCAGUUACACCAAGUUUUAACAGACCUCUAUACUAAGACGGCGAAGGCACUCCAGGUUCGCGAAUGGUUAAUCCUCAAGGCCCAAGAAGAGGAAUUGCCUGAACACCACAUUGAAUCUAUCAAACAACAGCAUUCCAGCUUGGAAAAUAUCCACAGAAGCAUCAAUAAUUGUCUCAAGAACCACCCUAUCGAUAUUGCCUCUGGGAAACGCUUGACCACACCAACCGAACAGCCAAUUUGUGUCUCACCACAAGGCAUUGCUAACACAGCAUAUAACUUAUCCUCCAGCACGGCUUCGAAACCUCCCACAUUUAUCGCGUCAGCACCAAACGUCUCACGGUCAGAAGUCAGACCUCUGAAGAAGCCAGUUGUUUCGCUCAAGCGUCAAGCAGAGACUCCCAUUGUCAUUGCCCACCUUACCCCUAAGAAGGCCAAGACUGAAGCCAAAAAAGAUAACAAAGUAGGGCAAAGUAAACAGCAUACUUCGUGGGCAGUGUUGCUAAGGGUCCUGAUAGAGUACGACCUGUGCCGACUCCAACCCACCACCCACUCAGACGACUACCCUUGCUCCCCUAGGCAAGCUCGGACCGCAAGUAAGCAGAAUUAUAAGAUCAUCGUUGGAAACAGGCCUCAAAAACAAAUCCGGUUAUUCCAACCUAUACGAGGCGCCGGACGCGUUCGAGAUAUUAGUGGUCAGAUUAUUACCGGAACUCGAACAGUUACGUUGGAAUUUCUGAAGAGGAGGAUGCGCCUGAAGGGAAAGGAGGGUGGGGGGGUCAUCUCCGUCCUCUGGCAGUGCAUUCGCUCGGCCUUCGAGGUACAGGAUGCCGCUGGCGUCUGGAACUUUGGAGCUGAUGUAUUUGACGACGCGCUUGGCGUGUGCCUUGGCUGGGGUAUUUUGCCUCCAGCACCGCUUCUACGUCGAUGGCCAUAUACGCGGGCUCGGCAGGGUAUCUCCGAGACUGUGCUACGGGUACUAGACUUCGAGUUGAAGGUCGAUUCAGCGGGGCAGAGUUAG